AAGCCCCUGAAGCUUGAGCCAAUGGCGCUGAGACGGUCCAAAACACGCUAACAUUUAGUGCCGAGGUUGUUUACUACGACGCGUCUCUCUUCAGUCUUUUGUUUCUUUCUAACUGCAAUCCAUCUUGAAUAUCACAAAAGCCAAUAUGCCGCCCAGCAAACGACCCAAUGAUUCUCGUCCGCCCGGAGACUCUCGAUCCAACAAAAUCCGGAAGCUAACCCCAGAAGAAAAUUUGAAAGCUCGUUUGAAGGAAAGUCUAGCACAAAAUGCAGCCCUCCGUGCUCGCAUGGCCGAUUGGAGGAAGAAGGUCGAGUUGCAGAACGCCGUGUCGAGAGAAACUUUAAAGCACGCGAAGACCGCGCAAACUUUUCCGAGGAAAAGAGACUAGAGCUUCUUGUAUAUUUGGAGAGAAAAGGAGUGGGUGACGCCCCUCCUUUUG